AUGCCAGACGGUGCGGACACCACAUUCAUCAAGCGCCUAGAGCCAGUGGAGUUGGAGGGUGUCCCUUUGCUUAGUGACACUGUAGAAAACUGGGCUAAAAUAAAAGAAUUCCAAGCACGGCCAGAUGACCUUCUACUCUGCACCUACCCUAAAGCAGGGACCACUUGGAUCCAAGAAAUUGUGGACAUGGUCCAGCAGGGAGGUGAUGUCCAGAAAUGCGCUCGUGCUCCUGUGUACCAACGGAGUCCCUACCUGGAAAUGUUUCCCCCCAAACCCCUGCGCUCAGGCUUGGAAAUAGCGGAAGGAAUGCCCUCUCCACGGACUCUGAAGACUCACUUCCCAGUCCAGCUCCUGCCCUCUUCCUUCUGGGAACAGAAAUGCAAGAUAAUUUAUGUAGCCAGGAACAUCAAAGACAGCGUUGUCUCCUUCUACCACUUCCAUCGCAUGAACCUGGGGUUGCCAGAACCAGGACAGUGGGAUGAUUUUCUGAAAAACUUUAUUGCUGGAAAAGUUGUUUAUGGCUGUUGGUUUGAACAUGUUCGUGGCUGGUGGGAGGCUAAGAGCCACCAUCCAAUUCUGUAUCUUUUCUAUGAAGAUAUCAAAGAAGACCCAGCUCGGGAAAUCCAGAAAGUAGCCCAGUUCUUGGACAUAAAGCUUUCAGAAUCGGUUCUAAAACAAAUUGUGCAUCUGACAACCUUUGAGAGCAUGAAAGAAAACCCGAUGACGAACUACAGUACUGUGCCUUCCUCUAUCUUAGACCAAAGAGUUUCAGCCUUCUUGAGAAAAGGAACUGUAGGAGACUGGAAGGUGCAUUUCACAGUGGCCCAAAGUGAAUGGCUAGAUGACAUCUAUGCCCAGAAAUCAAUGGGAACUGACCUGAGCUUCCGCACACAAAUCUAAGCACUUACCUUAAUUCUUACCUUACUGGUUUUAAGUGACUUUUUUUUUUUAAAAAAAACACACAAUUCUAUGUUUAAUUCUAUUUUAAUGUGUAUAUGUUGUAGGUUUUAGAUUGUAAUUUGUAUUGUUUUUGUGUGUGUCAUGAAACUCGUUUCAGAGAACAAUGUAGAAUCAUCAUCAUCAUCUGCCUCUUUUGCCACCACUUUUCUUCAGACCAGUGUGCCUGAUGAUUUCUAGUUCAAUAAAAGAAAAGAAAUUAUUUAUAAACAACACUCACCCAAGCAUACUGAAUACAGGGAAAUAGCACCAAAAGAACUGAGCUGGCCUUUGAAUGCUGAGCUGGCCCCCCUCCUUUCCUCCAUCAUUUACUGGGAUUAGAGGCGCAGGAUCUCUGCAAAAGUGGAAAAACCAUGAAUUAAAAAACACUAUUUUUUACCUGAGAGAACUCCUUUCUAGGAAU